AUGGCAUUCUUCAGAAUUACUCUCAUACGCUCCGCAAUAGGCCUUCCUCAGAAGACGCGCGGUCAGAUCAUGAAAGUGAAAGAGCUAGUCGCCGUGUCUGAAGUGGAGAAGGCUCUUUCAAAGGCCGAAGUCAAAGCUCAGAGAACCCCUGAUCCCGGAUACUAUAUCGAAAGUCCUGGGCUAGGGGCCGGAUGA